GAUUUGAAUUUCCCCAGCCCUGCCGGGGAGGCCAAAUCCCCGGAUGCUGAUCGCUGGCCUUUUCGCGCCAAUACUGUCGAGCCCGCGCCUCGGAAGUCACGGGGCGUCUUCCUGCUGGCUCAGCCCGGAGACCAACGAGGUUUGGCAAACAGCGUUUCUCUGAACGAGCGGCUGCCCCUUGGAGCUCCGCGGGCCACGAUGAAGCCUGAGUGGGGCCCGGCCCUGGCGCACGUGGCUCUGACCACCAGCCUGUGCUUAGCCAUCAUCUGCACGGGCGUCUUUGAAGGGGUUUCUGUCGAAGUAGGCUUCGAGCACUAUGCCGAGCGGCCCGUGGCCAGCCUGCCCGCCUUCCUGGCUAUGCCCUUCAAUUCCCUCAUCAACGUGGCCUACGUGCUGCUGGGCUGGUACUGGCUGCAGAGGGGGCCCAGCGGCCCCAGGUACCUCGCAGCGCGCGGGACACGGUACCUGCAGCAUGUCUUCGCGUCCAUGGCCCUGCUCUAUGGCCCGGUGCAGUGGCUGCGCAUCGGGACCCAGGCUCGUGUGGCCGCCCUGCUCGACCAGUGGGUCACCUUGCCGAUCUUCGCGUGGCCGGUGGCCUGGUGCCUCUACCUGGACAGGGGCUGGCGGCCCUGGUGCCUCCUCGGCCUCGAGUGUCUGUCCCUGUGCAGCUACGGCCUGGCUCUGCUGCACGCCCAAGGCUUUGAGCUGGCGCUGGCCGGGCACAUCGCCGCCGCCGUGGGCCAGGCCCUGCGCACUCAGGGGCGCCACGGCAGCGCCACCUCCGCCACCUACUUGGCUCUGGCCGUGCUCUCCUGCCUGGGCUUUGUCGGGCUCAAGCUGUGUGACCAUCAGCUCGCGCACUGGCCCCUCUUCCAGCGGCUCACAGGCCACUUCUGGUCCAAAGUCUGCGACGUGCUGCAGUUCCACUUUGCCUUCUUGUUCCUGACCAACCUGAACCCUCUGCAGACGCUGACACGCGAGGGCAAGGCAAGCUGAACGGGCCUCUCCCGCGCCAGCCUUUCUGCCGUCACAGUGUUCAACACCCCCACGCCCCCCUCAGUAUUGGGGACCGAGAGCUUCUGCUCUCAGCCACUUCACUUUGGAGGCACCACCUGGGUGUGUUCUCCUUGGCACUUUUCUGUAACGGAAAAUUCUAAUAAAAUGUG